AUGGCUUCAGCCCGCGACCAACUUCUUACGAUUUUAUCCGAAGCGGCUUCACAACAGCCGGAACGUAUGAAGGCAGCCGAAGCUCAACUUAAGCAGUGGGAAGUUGAGUCAAAGUUCUAUUCAACUUUCGCCAUAAAUGCCGCCGAGAAGGCGGAGAUAAGGUCAAAACUUUUACUCUUCAUGGAUGAAGAAUUUAAUCAGCUAGCAACUCAAUAUGCCGUAAUGGUAUCAAAGAUUGCAAGAUUAGAUUAUCCGAAUGAAUGGUUAGUAAAAAUCGCCAUUAUUCACGAUAAUUCUGUCAAGUUAAGUAUCAUAGAAAAAUUUAUGGUGCAAGCAUUAUUAUUGUUGAAGGCCUUGAUCCGAAAAACAUCUUAUAAUCAAGACCUCAGAGAAUUAAAUGAUGAGAAAAUAGUCAAGGCAAUCAGGAUAGUCGAUGAGCAGAUUUUGACUUCCAAUAUAGUUGAAUCGUGUGCUGAAUUGUUGAUCACGGAUUUGAUCAGUCUAAAGAAGGAGGACUUGGAAAUGUGGGAUGAUGACCCGGAAGGAUGGAUUAACUACGAUGAAACCGAUCAUUGGGAGUACCAGCUAAGGCCUUGUGCGGAAAAGGUUUUCAUGGAAUUAUUAUCCCAGUAUCGCACUUCACAAACAAGCAACCUAAUACUUAAAGACGCAAUUUACUGUGCCAUUGGUCUCGGGGCACACGAAUUGUAUGAUGAGCUUGACUUUGAUUCUUGGCUUGUGAACAAUCUUUUGGUGGAAAUAGCAAACAGUGAUCCGAGGAUAAUACGUCGUCGAAUCGCUUGGGUAAUCGGAAGAUGGGUGUGCGUCAGAAUAUCAAAAGAGAAUAGACCUAAAGUGUACGACGCGAUGACGUACCUAUUGAAACCGGAAGAAGACUUGGUGGUCCGGAUGACAGCCGCCAUAAACUUAAGAUAUUAUAUCCUUGCUUUGCUUAGUGCGCACAAACACAAAAAGAAAAAGAUAAAGUUUGCCUUAACUUUCUUUUCAGCACGCGUGGACGAAUGGGAUUUUGACUCGAAUGGUUUUAUUCCGUAUCUUGAUCGAUCAAUUACAUUAUUGACGCGUCUGAUCGGGGAGGUGGAACAGUUUGACAGCAGAAUGAAAAUUCUUAAUUGCUUGUCACUAAUCGUUGAGAGGAUGGAAGAAUUGAUUGCACCAUAUGCUGGAAAGAUAACAGGCUUAUUGCCCCCUUUGUGGCAAGCUGCUCAAGACGAGCAUUUGUUCAAGCCAGCCAUCCUCGUGAUAUUGACCAAGCUCGUUCAGGCUUUGAGGAACGAAUCUAUGAAUCUUCACGACUUCGUGAUACCCAUCAUUCAAUACAGUGUGAAUCCAAAUAUCGAGGAACAUAUUUAUCUUUUGGAGGAUGCACUCGAUCUUUGGCUUGCCGUAAUUGAAAAUUCGGUUGAAUGUACGUCCGGCCUGUUCAGUCUUGUCCCUUCGGCAAUCAGUUUUCUGGAGUUUGGAACGGAAAUCCUCAAGAAAGUUUUGAAAAUUCUUGAAAGCUUUAUUAUUUUGGUGCCGGACAUGGUCAUUCAGUCAUACUGUUAUCCGAUCAUGAAUAACCUCACACAAUUAUUAGGAGAUUUAAAACCAGAAGCGUGUCGCGCGAUCGUACAUCUUCUCGACACCAUAUUUCAGGCGUGCCCUUUCUCAUCAUUAGGCGAGGCGAUCGUUAACACGGGUUUAUUGGGAAAGCUGAUAGAGCCCAUGGUUAACCCGUCCGGGGAUUACGCGUAUAUUCUCGUGAGCUAUAUGUCGCUACUGGCGAGAGUGGUUCUUAUUGAACCCGAGUUUGUCAUUAAUUUCAUAAAUGUCGCCGGCCGGCAACAAGGUCCGGUGUAUACGGACAAACAUCUGCUAAACGUGAUACUCGAUGUGUGGGUGGACAAGUUUGACAACAUUGGUCACCCAAAGCAGAGGAAAUUAAAUGCGAUGGCUUUCGCCAUGUUAAUCUCCACGACAAAUCCGAUAAUUCUGGGAUACUUACCGUUGUUUGUUGGCGUUUGGGGGGACGUGCUGAGUGAAGUUAAAGAGUCGGGGGGUGGAGAUGCAUUGGUCUACUGGCAGGAAGAUAUUUCUAUUGGGACGACGGAUGAUAUUGAUGACACACCGGAGACGAAGAGGAAAAGAACGCUUUUGCAGAGGGAUCCCGUGCACACCACGAAUCUGGCUCAAUUCAUUCGAUUGAAGCUCGGCGAAUGUGAAGCCCUCAACGGUGGCGCACGAAUAUUUGAUCGAAUAGAUGAAUCACUGUUGGCUCAGUUGAACGGACUGAUGAGUUAG